AUGGCAAAAGACUGGACAAUAUGCCACGCUGUGCAAGGUAAACUAUUUGGUUCUAAGGAAAUUGUUGCAUUAUCCUGCGCCUGGUGUCAUGAGGUGUAUCAUAAUAAGGAAUCCUGUUUUAAUCCAGCAAAAAUUGGUGAAGAAUGUCGUCUAGGCAAUUACGCACCAAUCAUUGUGCCGCCCUCCUGGAUUGUUAAGCUACCGAAUAAAGGAAAUUUUAAAUCUUCCAUACGCGUCAACAAUAAAAACGCCGCCAAUAAUGCGGCAAAUAAGAAAAGACAAACAACGAAACGUAAUAAGAAGGAAGAAAAGAAGGAGCCACGUGCAUUUAUAGUGAAACCAAUUCCAUCGCCAGAAGUUAUACCGGUCAUAGUAUUUAUUAAUCCGAAAUCUGGCGGUAAUCAGGGUGUCAAGCUGUUGGGAAAAUUCCAGCAGCUACUGAAUCCACGACAAGUGUUUGAUUUAACACAAGGUGGUCCUAAGAUGGGUUUGGACAUGUUUCGCAAAGCACCGAAUUUACGUAUUCUCGCUUGUGGUGGCGAUGGUACUGUAGGUUGGGUAUUAUCAGUAUUGGAUAUGCUGACUCCACCAAUCGCACCAGCACCCGCAGUUGGUGUACUGCCUUUGGGUACAGGCAAUGAUCUCGCACGCGCCUUAGGAUGGGGUGGUGGUUAUACUGAUGAACCAGUCGGCAAAAUAUUACGUGAAAUCGGUAUGUCUCAAACUGUACUAAUGGAUCGUUGGCGUCUAAGGGUAACACCAAAUACCGAUGUUGAUAGUGAUCACGUUAGUCGAAGUAAAGAUAAUGUCCCCUUAAAUGUGAUGAACAAUUACUUUAGUUUCGGUGUGGAUGCACAUAUUGCAUUGGAGUUUCAUGAAGCUCGUGAAGCGCAUCCGGAACGUUUUAAUUCUCGUUUACGUAAUAAAAUGUAUUACGGUCAGAUGGGUGGCAAAGAUUUGAUAUUGCGUCAAUAUCGCAAUCUUUCGCAAUGGGUAACACUGGAGUGUGAUGGCACCGACUAUACGGCCAAACUUCGAGAUGCUGGCUGCCAUGCUGUAUUGUUUUUAAAUAUCCCAAGCUAUGGCGGUGGCACUCAUCCAUGGAACGAUUCCUAUGGUCAAUCGAAACCAGCUAUUGAUGAUGGACUUGUUGAGGUUGUUGGCCUUACGACAUAUCAAUUACCAAUGUUGCAAGCCGGUCUGCAUGGCACCUGCAUAUGCCAAUGCAAGACGGCGCGUAUUGUUACCAAGAAAACGAUACCAAUGCAAGUGGAUGGUGAAGCUUGUCGUGUGAAGCCAUCAAUUAUCGAAAUGGAUUUACUGAAUAAAGCUGUUAUGCUCGCAAAACGUAAACAUGGACGUGGUGAUGUACAGUAAGUGACUUUUUUCAGUUGCCAUUUAUUUUAGUUUGGUUAUUUCCUCCGACUUUUUCUCCAUUUUGCCUUUUUCUGAAAGAAAAAUAUUGUGCAUAAAACCAAUUUUCAUGUGAAGCUUAAUUAAAGAUGAAUUGUGUGACUUACCUGAAUGCUGGUCCUUGUUU